UGGCACCGUUGGAGAGCGUUCAUCAGCUCGGGUUUUGCGCUAAAUGCGCCAAAUGGUAGAUAUACAUAUAACUUGAAGGCUGUUUCAAACUAAAUAAUGAAUGAGAAAUCUAUGCGUGAUUCCCAUAGCCUACAUUGUGGAUAUGCGUGUAGGUCGCGCAAAAUACACAACAUGUGGAAAUGUCCUCGCCGCGUUUACACCGAGCAGCCACAUAAAUGCUUCAGGAAACUGAGGGUAAUAGUUGUCAGCAGAUGAACUUCCUCAGUUACGGUCAGCCAGUCGAUAUUCGGUAGCAGUCAGCUGGAAACACGUCGACAUGUCGUCGAUCAUAAACUCGCUUAAUUCCGGACUGGACUUCAUUGAAUUUCUGGGAGACAGAAUAUCCAACAACAGCAAGAAGGAACUUCGAGACAUCUACAACUCUGAAUUUAAGGGCAGCACAGGACAUAAACAUCCCAACUUUUCCAACAUUGUCUAUGCUCUCCUGAAAUACCACAAAGUCCGGAUAAGACAGGGGAAAAUCUACCUAAAUGUCAAACCUCAGGUCAGAGUGUACUGUGACCAGUGGAGGAGGCCCCGGGCCCCUCAGGCCACAGCUCAGACUCCUGCACCCUCCUCCGCCGCGACCCCGGUGCUGACCCCUGUGCUGACCCCGAAGAAAAAGCUUGUGUCAGAAAUCCUUCACAAGCUGAAGGUGAACAGGAAGGAGCUGGUGGCUGACAAGGGAGGCAUUAAGAUCACUUCAGACCCUGUGGCGAGCGGUGGAAAGGUUAAGUUCACUGUGACUCGUCUGAGGGAGGUGUUCGUUGUCAGGUUCCACAUUGUAAACAAGGGCACAAACUGCAUCCACUUCACCUACUACACUGCCCUGCACAGGAUACGCUGCUUCACGCUGGAGGAUGAGAGGAGGGUGACCAGAGCCUGUCCGCUGUUCCUCUGUCCAGAUGAGAGCUACGAAGUUGUGGUUCGGUACACGCUGAACCACUAUGGAUAUUUCCCUGCCACAGUGUACUUUGAGUUCUGCCCGGAUCUUCCCGGAUCAGUGCCUUUCUGCAUUGUCAGGGAGAUGGAAGCUGAAGCUCAGACCCCGCUGGCUGUGGAGCUGGGACCCGUGGCUCCUUAUAAACCUUUUCAGGUGGCCACAUACAAGCGUGUCGGCAGCGUGGUAGUGGAGGGAGUACCACCCGAGAGUUCUGUCAUCCAGUCUCUGAGGAUGACAGUGAAAUUAGGAGACUACAAGUACCCCUAUUACCUGAAGGAACUGGCUAAACAACAGAUGGAGGAUUCUGAGUACCUCUCUCCGACCGCCAGAGAGAAACUUGCAUCAGUGAAGAGUCUCCUCAACUGUCCCUUGAAGAUGAAGAACUACUCCCAUCGAUUUCACCUCCUGCUGCACCUGGAGGAGAUACAGAUGGAGGUGGACAUCAGAAAGUACGACCUCCACAAUCAAACCAUGACUCAGGACCAAAGCAACAGGAAGCUUCUCACACUCAGAGUUCCUGGUGUUGCUGAGAAUCGGCCAUCUGUACUUCGAGGCGAUUGCCUGAGGGUGUCCAAAUCUGAGGACGCUGACCCGAUCACAGUUUACACUGGAUAUGUGCACAGAGUAGAGCUGGAUAGUGUGAAGCUUGGCUUUUCAAAAAGGUUGGUGCAGACUUUUAUCAGCAAUAUGAAGUUUGACGUGGAGUUUACUCUCAACCGGUUCCCUUUGAAGCUGCAGCACAGGGCAGUGGACUUGGCAGCAAAACAUCAGCUUGGAGAGGUGCUGUUCCCAUCUGGUGCAGCAGCGACUCAUCUUCCCAUGCCUAAACUCAGUAUGUUCAACCGUAAGCUGGAAAACAACCCGGAACAACAUGCUGCGGUCCAGCGCAUCAUAGCUGGAUCAUCAAAACCUGCUCCUCAUCUCGUGUUUGGGCCUCCAGGAACUGGAAAGACAAUCACUCUGGUUGAAGCUAUGCAUCAGGUCAGCAGGGCAGAUCCAUCAGCCCACAUCCUUGCCUGUGCGCCAUCGAACAGCGCGUGCGACUUGCUCUGUGAGAGACUGAUGGUGCACAUGGAUCCUCAUCAAGUGUACCGAAUGUAUGCCAGCAGUCGAGACCCGAGCACCGUCCCCAAGAACCUGCUGAAAAACUGCAACUGGGAUGAGAGACAAGGUAGCUUUGUGUUUCCAGAGAAAGAAGUUCUGAUGAAGCACAAAAUCAUAGUGACAACUAUGAUCACAGCUGGCAGACUCGUGUCUGGAGGAAUCCCAGUCGGCCAUUUUUCACAUGUGUUUGUGGAUGAAGGAGGCCAGGCAGUGGAACCAGAGUGCAUCAUUGCUAUUGCAGGUCUGCUCAGUGCAGAGAACGGUCAGUUGGUGCUGGCAGGAGAUCCCAAGCAGCUGGGACCAAUCCUGCGGUCCCCUUUUGCAAUACAGCAUGGACUCGGACUUUCUCUGCUGGAAAGGCUGAUGAAACAGAAUGCUUUGUAUCAGAAAACUACUGACUCCGGACACUUUGACACACGCUUUGUCACCAAACUGCUGCGAAACUACAGAUCUCAUGCUGCCAUUCUGAAAAUCCCCAACGAGUUGUUCUAUGAGAACGAACUGCAGGUGUUUGCUGACCAGUGGGAGCGCGAGACCUACUGCAACUGGGAAUACCUUCCUAAAAAGGGUUUCCCGCUGAUCUUCCAUGGAGUGAUGGGGAAAGAUGAGAGAGAGGCCAACAGUCCAUCUUUCUUCAACGUGUCUGAGAUCGAAGUCCUGGUCGACUACCUCAACAAGUUGAUGGAGACACAAGGGAAGAAGGGUCUCCCCAAGCUCUCUGCAAAAGACAUCGGCAUAAUCACCCCCUACAGGAAACAAGUUGAGAAAGUCAGAAAGGCCCUGAAGUCCGUGUCAGCGUUGAGUCAAUGGAACGAUCUCAAAGAACUUAAGGUGGGCUCUGUGGAAGAGUUUCAGGGACAAGAGAGGAAGAUCAUCAUGAUCUCGACUGUCCGCAGCUGCAUCAACUACGUCAAGAUGGACAAAGACUUCAAUAUUGGAUUCUUAUCCAAUGAAAAGAGGUUCAACGUGGCCGUGACAAGAGCAAGGUCCCUGCUUAUUGUCGUGGGAAACCCUGUUAUCCUCAACAAGGAUCCCACCUGGGAGAAGUUCAUCAGCUACUGCGUGAAGGAGAAGGGCUACACUGGAUUCGACUUCAAAGAUGUGGAAGGAGAAGAUGACAUUGUGUCGAGACUGGCAACCCUGAAAAUCAACGUUGAAUCUGAAUGUCCUGAAGCAGAGGAGAGUGCCCUCCAGCAGUAUGUGGACCCUGAAUGGAAGAAUGAGCAUUAACUUCAGACCAAACUGUGGCUUCCUCAAAAGAUUAUUAGAUUUUAGGACAUGAAGACACAGAGCAAGCCUCAGUAUUUAAUUUUUUUCUUCCUGCAUUUGUGUUGCUUGGAAAAAUAUCAUUUUCUGAAUCUUUUUAAGAGCAAUUUGCAUAUUUUGGUGCAAUAAACAUUGCUCUGUUUCUAGUCAAAAUGACAGAAUGAACGAGUGAGUCUUUAGUUUUUCACUCUUGGCUCUUUUGGCCUUUUUAAAUAAAUACUUUAGUUCAGUUAAUAGAAAUAUGACUCCACACAAGGUAUUGGUUUUCUUGGAUAGGAAAUUUAUAAUUGACAGGAAUUUACUACCAUAUGUCUUUCUGGUAUAAUUUUACUUUACAAGUUAGUCUCUGUAGGUGAUUUAUUCCUUUCAAAUAUCUCCAACACUUCAACUCUAAAAAAAUAAACUCUUGACUUUCUGAA